AUGGUAGGUUUCUUGCAUAUAAUAUGCUUUUUGUGGGCAGCUAUUGAAUUGCAAUCAAUUUUAUAUGAUACCGAUUCUUUUCUAUUUGACUGUUUACAUUACCUACCAUCUUACUCACAAAUUCCCAACAAAAUCAAGUAUUGUAUUCGUCCAGCGAAUGAUCAGAAUUCCGCAAUGAUUGAUUUCAUAAAUGUACCUCAUCCAAAUUUUACAUUCCAUGAACUAUACCGUUUGAAUGUCACUUCACAUGAAGUUCUCUUAUGGUCAUCGUCGAUUGAUCUUGCUGAACGAUAUCAAGAUUAUAUUGAUCAACCAAUGAAAUCUAAUCGAGUGAAUGAACUAUUAUUCAAUUGCACAUCACCAUGGUUUGGAUCUUAUUGCCAAUAUUCCUUCGAAAUAGACUCGAACUAUUCGGAAAUAAUGUCAAGUGUCCAACCGAAAGUUCAUAUAGUCGAUGCUAUUACUCAUUGUACAUGCUACGUUUUGUUAAAAUGUGAUCGUGGCGCUGAACCAAUGUGUCUCGAUUGGCGUGAAGUAUGUGAUGGUCGAAUCGAUUGUUUGAAUGAUGGUGUUGAUGAAAGUCAAUGUUUCCAAUUAGAAAUCAAUGAAUGCAACGAAAACGAAUAUAGAUGUCAUAAUGGAUUGUGUAUUCCCAAAAAAUUUUGGCAGGACGAAUAUAACGAGGCGGAAUGUCUUGAUAAAUCUGAUUUAUUGUAUACUGUUACGUGUCCGGAUAUCUAUCUCGGACUUAAUAUGUUUAUCUGUGAAGAAUAUGCAUGUAGAUCCGAUGAAGGCCGAUUUUCGUGUGGUGACGGUGAGUGUGUAGAAGAUUUUAGUGAAUGUCAGAAUGGGCGGCAUCUUCUGUUAAUCGAAUCACUUAGCGUUCAAGGAAAUCUAUCAGACAAUUGCUGGAUAGCUAUGGUUUGUCUGAGUAAAAUCGUGGAUCACGUCAACGGAGUACCAUGCAAACAGUUUCUCAAUCUUUCUCAAAUUCUUUCUAAAUUAGAAAACUGUACAUAUCCUAUUCAGUUUCCAAUCAUUCCUGUGCUCUUAGGUCAUGUACGUUUUUUAUAUGCUCCGAACCAAACUUCUAAUAUCAACGUUGAAAUAGCUCUCGUACCCGAUUAUGUUUGCUAUGAUGAAGAACUAUGUGAUUUUCUUACGCCUACUUUUCGGUAUGGAAAUUUGACAUGUCGAAACGGUUAUCAAAUAGGUCUUGGAUCAGGUGUCAACGUAUACGAUUGGAAAUCAAUCAUUGAUUUGAUUAAACCUUAUUUUCGUGGUUGCAGCACUCGACAUGAUUACAAUAUUGUAUCGGCUCAUUCGUCUCUAUAUGUUUGUAAGAAUUCUUCGAAAUAUAUUUCGAACCAUCGACUUGUUGACGGUAUACCGGAUUGUGUUUUGAACGAUGAUGAAGAAGUAUUGAAAUUGCGUUGUUCGUUAAAUCAUCCGUAUCGAUUCCAUUGCCUAAAUGAUUAUCAGUGUCAAUCGAUUUCACUACUAAGAAAUAUUUGUCAGUCCGAACAACAUAACAAUUUCGAUCAAAUCUUAUUUUACGAAAUCUGCGAUCGAGCCGCCGAUUCGAGUCCGAUGAUAAUCAAUGGACGAAAUCAUUCGGAUGAGACUGAUUGUGGAAAUUGGCCAUGCAGCAAUGUCUACACACGAUGUGAUGACUUUUGGAGUUGUACAUACGGAGAUGAUGAAGAGAAUUGUGCGCGACAGAUUUGUAACAAAGGCUUUCUUCCCUGUAUUUCAACAAAUAAUUCCAAAUUGAUCUGUUUGCCAGCCAAUCUAGUUGGCAAUGGAAUUAUUGAUUGUUUUGGGGCAUCCGAUGAACUUCAAUAUUGUCGAGAGACCAGUGGCUUUGGACAAACUUAUAGAUUUUAUUGUCAGAAUGACACGAAAUGUGUGAAACAAUGGCAACUAUGCGAUGGUGUUAAAGAUUGUCUAUGGGGGGACGAUGAAAACUUUUGUGAACAUACUUCAACACAAUGUGAAGUAUCGAAUUUCGAUAAUCUUAGUGAUGUUGAAUAUGUUUUAUGUCGAGUUGGUUCUAAAGGAAGGCCUUCAUUUUCAUUAAAAACCGCAUCAAUCUAUCCUCCAUUGGCACCAACGUUUUACACUGGUUCUACCAAUGAUGAAUGGAAUGAGCAAUACAUAAAGUCUUCAAUUGAUGAUUCUGCAUUCUCGGAUAUUUGUAAGUACGGUCUCCACAUCUACCAUCAGCUCGGGCCUGGCAAUAUAAGUGAUUUAUGUUUCUGUCCACCGAUUUAUUAUGGUGAUCGAUGUCAAUAUCAAAAUCAACGUGUCAGUUUGACUAUCACAAUGGGAUUUGUUCAACACAAUACAAUCAACGGCAUUGUUAUUACAUUAAUUGAACAAGAUAAUGAUCGACAAGAAAUUCACUCAUACCAUCAGUUAACAAACCCACCGAAAUAUAGAUGCGGUCAACCGUUCAAUAUUUAUCUAUUGUACUCCACUCGACCAAAGAAUACUUCAAAAAACUAUAGUGUUCGCAUAGAUGCAUUUGAUAAGGAAUCAUUGGUCUAUUUAGCCAGUUGGUCAUUAAAAAUUUCAUUUACAUUUUUGCCAGUCAAUCGACUGGCCUUCUUUUUGACUCUACCAGUUUAUCGCACAUUGCAUUAUAACAAUUGUCCUUUGCGAUGUUACAAAGGCACUUGUAUGAAAUUUCUGAAUGAAGAACGAUUUUUUUGCCGAUGCUAUUCUGGUUGGUCUGGUGCGCAAUGUCAAAUUCAGAUCGAUUGUAGUAAUUGUUCGUCAAAUUCAAUCUGUGUUGGUUCUAUUCGAAAUCAGCCUAUCUGUGUCUGUCCGACUGGCAAGUUUGGCACACGCUGCCUCCUCGAACAAUCAUGUCCAAUAAACUUUUGUAAAAACAACGGUAAAUGUGUGGUAGCCGAUGAUAGAAUGGUUGAUGAAAGCUUUGUGUGCAUUUGUCCCGAAGCGUAUUUCGGUACACACUGUGAAACGAUCAAACGGACAAUAGAAGUUUCUCUUCAAAAUAUCGAAGUUCCAUCAUAUCUAUAUGCCUAUAUCUAUCAUGGCAUAACUAGUAGUCAGCCGACGUCGAGAUUUGUCGUACUUCAAAAAGUGAAGCUAUUUCAGAAUGUUAUAACUCUCUAUUCCAUGUAUCGAUUUUAUAUAGUUGUUCUGAAGAUUGAUAUCAGUUAUUAUUUGGCUGUUCUUCAACAAGAACCAUCAGACAACAUAUCGACAACGGUCGGUUCUGCUCAACGGUGUGCUCCGUUUCAAGAACUGUUCAAUUCUGAAGUACUUGCAUUACCACGAAUUCACCGAUUAAAAAGUUAUCAUAUUCCAUGUCAAAGCAAUGUCGAUUUACAAUGUUUUAUCGAUGAAUCUUACAUCUGUCUAUGUACUGUGGAACAUCAAACUAACUGUUUUUUAUUUGAUUUUAAUAGUAGUUUGGUGUGUACAGACGAUGUUUAUUGUGAAAAUGGUGGAGCAUGUUUGCAAGAUAGACCGGAAUGCCCGGAAAGUAUUCUAUGUGCAUGUGUCGAUUGCUUCUUUGGUGAUCGAUGUCAAUUUUAUGCCAAAGGUAUCGGAUUGACCUUAGAUGAUAUGUUGCGUUAUGCAAUUCGACCUAAUAUAACCUUCAAUAAACAAUCAACAGCCAUUAAAUUGAGUGCAGCUCUCACCAUGGUCAUAUUUGUAGUUGGCUGGCUGAAUAGUAUUUUUGCGUUUUCAGUAUUUCAUCGUCACACCCCACGCCAAGUUGGCUCGGGAAUAUAUCUACAUGUAUUAUCGGUUGUUUCAUGUCUUGUAGUUACUUUGUUGACAAUGAAACUUUGGUUCGUAGUAUUUACUCAUAUUGAUCAAUCAACUAACCGUCGUAUUCUUUAUGGUGGAUGUGUAUUCUUGGAGAUAGUUCUCAAAGUUUCCUUGCAUAUGAGUAAUUGGCUCAAUGCUUUUGUAGCCUUAGAGAGAAUGGUAACAGUUGUUAAAGGAGUUAAUUUUAAUAAGAAACGAAGCAAAUCUAUUGCACGAUGGGCAGUUCGACUUUUGCCAUUCGUCAUUCUUAGUACAUUGAGUCACGAGUUCAUCUAUCGUGGAUUGUUCGAUGAUUACGAAGAACAACGUAUUUGGUGUGUAUUUCGUUAUUCUCAAUCGAUUGAAAAAUAUAGUACAGCAAUUCAACUUUUUCAUUUUAUUGUUCCAUUUUUCAUUAAUUUAUUCUCUGCAAUUUUUAUUAUAUUCAAUAUUGCACGUCACCGAUCAAUAACUCGAAUUCAACAUACUUAUGAACAACAACUUCUUCAACAAUUCAAUGAACAUAAACAACUUGUUGUCAGUCCCAUUGUGUUAGUCAUUCUAUCAUUACCUCGACUUUUAAUUUCAUUAUUCUCGGGAUGCGUGAAAAUAUCUCGUAGUCCUUGGCUGUAUUUGUUAGGCUAUUUCAUUUCGUUUAUUCCAUCGAGUUUUAUCUUCGUCAUAUUUGUUGUUCCAUCAACGUUAUACAAGAAACAAUUUCAAGAGUCAGUUAAUGGUUGGCGACGAUUUAUUACUCGUGAAUCUACUAUUUAG